GACAAAGUAACCUCCCAUUGAGUACUUUCGCGUGUGAAGACGUUCGCACAUGGACAACGGAAGUUGGAGUUACACAGAUUUGAGACUGGGUAGUACACAGCUGUGUUGGUGAAGCGAAACAUCGAAAUAUUUUAGGAAAAAGUUACAGCAGAGCAAUGCCUCAAAGUGGUGUUACAGAUAUAGAAGACAUUGUCUCCUCUCAUGAUGUUGGUGUCAACGAUCGUCUCCACAGUAAACACAGCGUUGCUGUGCAUGUUAACAAAUCUCGACACAAACAGGGGUAUACAAGCAAUAAAAGAGAGCUUGAACAUGCUGAAGGGGACAGCUAUAUUCCAGGUUCUCAAAGAAUCCAUGUUAAAACCUGGGGCUGUUCUCACAACAACUCAGACAGCGAGUAUAUGGCAGGUCAGCUUGCAUCAUAUGGCUUCAUUAUUACAGAUAACAAAGAUGAAGCAGAUCUUUGGCUCCUUAAUUCCUGUACUGUGAAAAGUCCAGCAGAAGAUCACUUUCGAAAUGAGAUCACAAUGGCUGAAAAAAUGAACAAAAAAGUGGUGUUGGCAGGAUGUGUUCCUCAGGGUCAGCCGAAUUCUCAAUACAUAAAGGGUCUGAGUGUGGUAGGCGUGCAGCAAAUAGACCGUGUUGUGGAGGUUGUGGAGGAAACCCUUAAAGGUCAUACAGUACGCAUGUUUGGACCCAAGAAACAAAAUGGGAAAAAAGCAGGUGGAGCUUCUUUGAGUCUUCCAAAGAUUCGCAAAAAUCCUCUUAUUGAGAUCAUUGCCAUUAACACAGGAUGCCUAAAUCAGUGUACAUACUGCAAGACUAAGCAUGCCAGGGGUGACCUGGGGAGUUAUCAACCAGAGGAGAUCAUUGAGAGAGCAUUUCAGUCAUUUUCAGAGGGUGUAGUGGAAAUAUGGCUUACUUCAGAAGAUCUUGGUGCAUAUGGUCAUGACAUAGGAGUUACAUUACCGGAACUACUUUGGCAGCUAGUAGAAGUGAUUCCAGAGGGUGCACGGAUGCGGCUUGGCAUGACCAACCCACCAUACAUCUUGGAGCACUUAGAGGAAAUUGUCAAGAUCUUGAAUCAUCCAAGAGUGUACGCAUUUCUCCAUGUUCCUGUACAGUCAGCCUCAGACAGUGUGCUCAUGGACAUGCGGAGAGAAUAUUGUUGCAGUGAUUUUAGACAUGUAGUUGAUUUCAUCAAAGAAAGAGUUCCUAGGGUGACUAUUGCAACAGAUGUUAUUUGUGGCUUCCCUACAGAAACUGAAAAGGACUUUCAAGAGACUUUGGACUUAGUUCAACAUUACAAAUUUCCAAGCCUGUUUAUCAAUCAGUUUUUUCCACGUCCUGGUACACCAGCAGCAAAAAUGGCUCGUGUAUCACCUCAAGAGGUUAAGAAACGCACUCGCAUGAUGUCUGACCUGUUCCAGUCCUACCACCCUUAUACACACUAUCUUGGAGAAAGGCAGCAAGUAUUGGUGACAGAGCUGUCACAUGACAAACAGUUUUUUGUUGGGCACAACAAGAGCUAUGAGCAGGUGCUUGUGCCCAAGGAUGAAGAUUUAAUGGGCAAGAUGGUAGAAGUGGAGAUAAUUGAAACUGGCAAACACUAUAUGAAGGGGAGACUGCUCUCAUCAACAAAAGAGGCUGUGCGUCCAAAUGUACCAUUGCCCCUCAGAAAAGGAGAAGUUUCUGGUCUAGUUCAUGAAAAGUCUAAUGAGGCGGAAGAAAAAGAAGUGUCCCUGGUGCUGAAAGCUGGAGCUGUGAUUCUUGGUUUUGCUAUUUUAUGGAGGAUUUAUGGACUUUUUUCUCGCUUCAGAUGAUGACCUAGGACUUGUUUUUUAAAAUGGGUAAAAACAAACAAAACUGUGCUGAAACUGAAUACAAAGUAGUAAUAAUGUGUUUAUAAUGUAGAUUUUGUCUUCAGUGCAGUUAAUCUUUUUGUGAACUUGUUUAUGCAAAAGAAUUGUUGGUUUUUAAGUCCUCAAAUAUAGAUGGUACACUUGCUGCAAGUCUUGAUCUUGACCUCAUAAUCACCUAGGAGGACAAAAAUUAGUUAAUAAUCUUUCUAGUCUAUUAAACCAAAUGUUUUGGAAAUUGUUUGUGUACAUGCCUUUACAUAUGUACAUGUAUGCAUGUGCAUGCGUGCCAGUCCGCCUGUCCACUCUUAAAUUCUGUGGUAAAUACUAGGGAAUGGCAGAGAAUCAAGAAAGAUAACCAGAUUUGAUAGUGAAAUUCUCACACCUGUCAAACAACUAAUGAUCUUGUGUAUCUUAGAAGAGUGUUUUCUCUUAAAUCUGCUCAGCACUUUAUUUAGUGGAAUAUUUUUGGUGUGUUUGUGCAUAUAUGUAUGCAUGUUGUGUGCAUACUUAUGUGUGUACUCAGUGAUUAUGAUUAUGGCUGUAUGUUAUAAAUAUUGUAAAAGCUCUAAGCAUUAUAAGGUGCUUUUAUGAGUCAAUCAUCAUUAUCUUUGCAGUCCAUAGCCUUUGAAGUGUAAGAUACAUGUAAAAAAAGGAGAAUACACUGAAGAUAUAUUGAAAUAUCUGAGAA